UAAUCGAUAUAUAAUCGAUCAGUACUGAUGAGUUUCUAACUAGUUAAGAUUUGUCUCACUUAUUUAAUUUUACUAAUAAUUAAAUAUAAGCAUUGAUUUUUAAUAAUUACUAUAUCUCUUUUAUUUUCUAUAACUUUAUAUAGAUAUAAUAUUAUAUUUAUAAUGAAUAGUUUCUCAGAUCCACGACGUCCUGAGAAGGAAAUUCGAUACAAACCUGCGGUAUCAAGUAAUCAAGCACAACCAGCAGAUGAUUCUAUACCAGACUAUGUAAAUAUACUAGGAAUAAUCUUCAGUAUGUGUGGUUUAAUGAUGAGAUUGAAAUGGUGCGCUUGGCUAGCUCUUUAUUGUUCUUGUAUUAGUUUUGCCAAUUCUAGAGUCAGUGAUGGUACUAAACAUAUACUUAGCAAUUUUAUGUUAUCCAUAUCUGCUGUUGUAAUGUCUUAUAUGCAAAAUCCACAACCUAUGACUCCUCCAUGGGCAACAGCGAUACAAUAAAACGUUAAACAUAAUUAGAAAAUUGCAUUGUUUACAUUGAUUGUAUUUAUAUGUAUAUAUAUUGAAUUUGUCAUUUAUUAAUUUUUUAAUAUAAAAAAAAAUAUAUAUUGUAUUAUAUAUAUAUAUUUGAAUUUGUACUUUAAUAUGAUAUGCACAUCAAAUGAAUGAAUGAUGAAAUAAAACUUUCCAUGUACUUACCAAGA